AUGGACUCUUUCUUCUCAUCUCUCCCCCGGCCGACGUCCCUUUACGUCUCCAACGACCCCCGCUCCAUCUCCCUCCUCGACACCUCUUCCUACUCACCCUUCCCCACCUUCCCCGGCUCCCAAAAGACUGCCGACCCGUACAACCUCAACAACUUUCUGUUACACCCCGCCGACAAGCUCUGGGACUAUGUCGACCCCAUACCAGACCCUCAAGCGCACGCUGGGUCCGGGUCGGGGUCGGAUUCAGAAGGUGAAGAGCCAGAGGCAGGGACAGGGCCGAAGAGGGCGGUGAGGAAGCAAAAAUCGUUGGGCGUGUUGAAGCCGAGUCCGCUCUCGCAACCGCCGAUAGCGGCGUUGGAAGUGGACGAGCCGGUAUACGAAAAAGCUGCGCUCGUGCGCAAGAGGAGCAAGUCGUUAGGCGGGAAUGACUUGAUUGCGAGCAAGGCCAAAGAUGAGUUUGUCGAGUCUUUAAGAGAAGCGCCGCAGGUCAAGGAAGAAAAGCCAAAGAAGAAGGGGAUCAAGCGGGCUUUUACGCUAGGGAAGAAGGGACGUACGUCGGAGCCUGUUGUGAUUCCACCGGUGCCGCCUGUGCCAUCGUUAUCCUUCCCCGACGCCCUUCCUCCGCCUAUAUCCCUUACCACCCGAUCCCCAUCCUCCAACUCUACACUCUCUUCCGCUUCCUCAACAUCUUCCUCGGAAGGGAUAAAGACCCCCGCCGAAGGGCAGGCUAUGGGAGCGAUGAUUGAAGGCGAGCAGCUGGCGAAUGCUCUGGAGAAGGGCAAGAAGAAGGGACGGAUGUGGGGCUGGUUCGGAGGCAAGAAGAAGGGCGAGCUGUCGUCUUCUUCUAGCUCGGCGAGGACAACGCCCAACAGCAGCACCACCGACCUCCUCUCCAUGCCUUCUUCUUCACCUCAGAACUCGCAAUCUUCUUCUCCUAUCCAACUCCCCUCGGAGCAGUUUGCCAUUGAGCAUACGUAUCUCACGAAUCAGCUACGGUCUUCGUCCAUGCGCAAGAUCACGCAGCUCAAAGCCCCGUCACCGCAUCCUUUCGCGUUGGCCUUGGUGCGGGGAAACCGCAAGUUGCCUGACGAAGUCGCAAUGUCGAUACAGAACGGAAAGAGGGUCUUCCCGAAGAGUGUCAAUGCCUGGACCGGGUCGGGGGGGCUGAGCCCUGCUCAAGGCGGGCUCCGUCUAGGUCUGGCGGUGAGGGAUGUGAUGAUCAAGCUCGACCGGGGCGAACAGCCGCAGGGCACCAUCAUGGCCCGUCGUCCGUCGAAAAAGUCUCUUGUCCCGCGCCCUCGAGGUGUCUUGGACUUUAUCAACCGCCCGCCUUUUGAGCAGCGUAAUCUCGUUUUCCUCCCCUCUGCUAUCUGUACGCACGUCUCCAUGGCCCGUCCGGGGUAUGGCGUGUGGGAACUCGACUUUUCCCGAUACAUCCUCGGUCUUUCCGAGGUCGACGAGGGCUCGUCCAUCUCGGGUUCACCGAGGGUCUCGCAAGUGCCCGGUAUCGGGGCUGGGGAGAGGGAAGCGAAGGAAGUGAAGGCGACGGAAGAAGAGGUGAACAGGAGGGAAGAGAUGGAAGGUGUCGAGGCGGCGCUCAAGGCGUUGACUGCGAAUGAGGGAAAGAACAGUCCGCCUUUGACUUCCAACCCUCUUCUCGUCGGUUCUGAGGCUCCACUACCUGUACCGGCUGCGGCCUCGACGAGACCGUUCUCUUCCAUCCGCCCCAAUGCUGCUCGCUCCAACACGCAAAGCAGUGAGGAGCACGAGGAUGAUCUGCCUUUGAGCCGCCGUCGCUCGCAGCAUUUCUUGAAAGCACAAUCCGCCGUCUCUUCUGGCAAUGUUCGCGGUCGUACCCAAUCUCAACCUCACCAUUACGCUUCUGCGUCUCGUUUCUCCCAGGUCCCCACUGCUUCUCGUAGCCCCGAUGAAGCUUUACGCGAAGUCCAAGCUGCAAGGGAAAGGCGCGAGGGAAACACGAAAGGCGAGAAUGAGCGUCGGGCAGAGAUGGACCGGGUGAGGGAAGAUAGGAAGGUGAAGGACCGCCAGAGCAAGGUGCUGUCGAGGGGCUUUAGCAUGACCGACGUCAAGUCUGUUGACGGCGGGGAGAAGAGACGAAGCCAGAUGACGGGGUUGGGUAUCGGGACGGCACUGCAGCACAAGAGGUCGUCGAGUAGCAGCAACAUGCUCGAUUUGCACAGGACGAGCCCACCUCGCCCCAACCAUGAGAAGAGGACAAGCACCUUGUCGUUCUACUCUCAAGCUUCUUCUUCUUCCCAUCAACCCCCUGCUUUCCCCAACUACCACGCCAAACGCCCUCCAAACCACCGCGCCAAAACCGCGGGCGACUCGCCUUCUUCUACCUCUACGCAAAAAUACCACUCGUUCUACGAACAGCGCGCUGCAUCGUCCAGCCUUCCUACUGUCAAUCGUCUACCGCCCGCCUCAUCGCAGGUACCGAUGAUGCCGGUGCCGAUGCACGGUCAGCAGUUUGUCUACCACCAGGCGUACCCGCAGAUGGGCGGCCAGGUCUCGAUGGUGUACGGGCCUGGGCAGGGUAUGGGGAUGAGCCUAGGCCAGGCGUUGGGGGUGCCGGUGGGCAAUAAGAGAAUGUCGAGAAUGUCAUAG